ACCAAGCCGCGGCGUCUAUUGUUUCCUACCCACACAAGAACAAUGGGCCAUCUGGCGUUGUUCAGCGCGGGCAACUAGGUUCCGCGGCCAGCGGGGAACAAUAGGGCGGGUUGUCAUAGUUACCUUGGUGGGUCAAAAGUUCAGCCUGACCUCUGUUUCACCCCGACUUGAGCUAAGGAAUUACAUAUCCCCCUAAACUCCGUAUAUCUGGACCAAUCAGAGUACCGACUCGUCUGAUGCAAAUGUAAAUAUGCAAAUAUAUGGUGACAGACAAGAUAAAAGGUCUUCCUCUCGAACGUUUCGUUCUGCUAACAGAACCGCCGCAAGAUGCUUCCAGCGCAGCCACCGAAGUCUAACCAGCUGUCCGUACUUAAGGUCUCUGUAGACCGAGAGAAGCCGUGUGAGCCCCUACUGCGUGAAAACUCCAGACGCUUCGUCAUUUUUCCCAUCCAGUACCACGACAUCUGGCGCAUGUACAAGAAGGCCGUAGCAUCAUUCUGGACAACGGAUGAAGUUGAUCUGUCUAAGGACUUAGAGCAUUGGGAGAGUCUGAAUGACAACGAAAAACACUUCAUCAAACACGUCCUGGCAUUCUUUGCAGCUAGUGACGGUAUCGUGAAUGAAAAUCUGGUUGAGAGAUUCACCAAAGAGGUGCAGGUGCCUGAGGUGAGGUGCUUCUAUGGCUUCCAGAUUGCCAUUGAGAACAUCCAUUCUGAAAUGUACAGCCUCUUAAUCGACACCUACGUGAAGGAUCCGCAUGAAAGAGAGCAUCUGUUCAGUGCGAUUGAGACCAUACCUUGUGUAAAGAAGAAAGCUGACUGGGCCCUAAAGUGGACCGGAGACGAGAAAAGCACUUUUGGGGAUCGUGUGGUUGCGUUUGCCGCUGUGGAAGGGAUAUUUUUCUCCGGGGCCUUCGCAGCAAUUUUCUGGUUAAGGAAAAGAGGACUUAUGCCGGGGCUGACUUUCUCUAAUGAGCUGAUCAGUAGAGACGAGGGUCUACACGCCGACUUUGCCUGUCUUAUGGUCAGCUAUCUGAUCAAUAAGCCCAGUGAGGAGCGCAUUCACCAGAUUAUUGACGAUGCUGUUAAGAUUGAGCAAGAGUUCCUGACGGAAGCUCUUCCCGUGAGGCUGAUUGGGAUGAAUCAAGACCUGAUGAAACAGUACAUCGAGUUUGUCGCAGAUAGGCUGCUGGGGGAACUCAUGUGCAGUAAGCUUUACAACAGCGAGAACCCCUUUGACUUCAUGGAGAACAUUUCUCUGGAGGGAAAGACCAACUUCUUUGAGAAGAGGGUGGGGGAGUACCAGAAGAUGGGCGUGAUGUCCUCCUCUGAACAGCAGAAGUUCACGUUGGAUGCUGACUUUUGA